UUACAAGCAUUUCAUCAAUACUUUCACCAAACACUACUAUAACAGUACAAUACAUUCAGUUAACAACCAACUACAUUAAACGAAAUAAAAAAAAGGGUUAUUCCUACAAUCUUCUCUUGCACAAGAUAACAUUUCAACACAAGUACACCACAUUCCAAUCACUAGUUCACUACCCUCUCAACUCCCCCUAACCACCCUAUUUUUUGCUAAUCAAAAUUCAAAACUUACCAAAUCCCACCAUUUCAAAAGAACUUUGGAGUAAAAAAUACUCCAUAAUCCAUACAAUCAAUAAGAACUUACAAUACCAUAAUUUAGUAACAUUAUCUUAUCUCCUCCAUCCAAAACCAAAAAAAAAAAAAAAAAUUAUUCUCAAACUUCAAGAAAGGUGAAGAGAAAAAGGAGGGAGCAAUAACAAGAAGGGACAGGGUAGUCCUUUUACCGCGGGAUUCCCAACGACUUUCUUUUCUCCCCAUUAACAAUAACAAAAACAAAAACAUCUCUCUUCUUCUUUGCAAUUUGCAAUUGUGCAUUUUUGCUUCACUUCACUUCGCCACUCCCAACUUUUUCCCGUGUUUUGAUGCAUAAAACUCCUUACUAAAAGACAACUCAUUUACAUAAAAGAGAAUCCCAAUCCCAAAUUCUGUGCCACUUUUUACCUUUGAUUUCUCCGCUUUUUUUCUCUCUCUUCUAUCAUACUACUAUUAGUUCAGUAUUCUCACCAACAAAAUUAAAAUAAACUUCCAUUUUACAUUUAUGCUGAGAUUUUUUGGUACUAAUUUCAUCAUACCCAGGUGAAGUGAAGGAGUUUACCAGGUCCUCUGUUGCUGCUGACAUCUCCCUGUGGUUCUCGUGGUUUAUUUUCUGACAGGCUAAUCUAUGAUAUUUCAUAAUCCAGAGGCCCAAUAAAUUUCUGACAAUACUUUCAAUUUAAGCACAUAAAGGGAAUACAAUGAGGAGACGAAGUCUUCAUCGGUCCUUACAUCCUUUCGAUGACCAUGCCUUUGAGGUCUUCUAUCAAGGUUUGUGGAAAACUGUGGAUCGCUUAAGAAUCAGCUGUGGGACAAUAACCUUUAGCUUCUUGGACCUCGGAUAUUUAUUCGAGGAAAAGAGUUUCCUCUCUACCCUAAGGUUGCGGCCAAGACGAGCAACUAUGACGGACUGCACCUGUGUACUAAGACCCGGUGCUGAUGUUUCUGUGUUUUCCGCAUCUGAUAAUUCAGACGAAUCAUCUGAAGACUCCCCCUCAGGAUGGUUUGAUGCUAGAAUAACUUCCAUCGAGAGGACACCACAUGAAUCUGAAUGCAACUGCAAGUUUUACAUCAAAUUCUACUACAUCAACGACGAUACUGGAACAGACAGAAGAAAACUAAGCAAGGAAGUCGAAACUAUUGGGAUUAGUGAAAUAUCUAUCUUUCAAGUUCUAGAGCAAAAGCCUUCUGAAAAUACACACUAUAGGUGGCACCUUGCAGAAGAUUGCACAUCAUUGUCAAGGACUAAAUUAUUUCUAUCAAAGUUUGCUUCUGAUGUUACUUGGCUGCUCGUUGCGUCAGUUCAGAAGCAGACUGUGUUUGAUGUAAGAUCAAUAGAAAAGAAGCUAGUCUAUCAAAUAUUGGACACAAACUUCAGCCCUUACUCAAGUUCUGUCCAGCUAAGUGGUGUAAAUUUCAGGAUAGAUGGUGAAACUACAAUCUCAACUGUUUUUCCAUUUGUUCCGGUGGCCAAAGAUGAGGCGCCACCUGUGCAAGAGGUGACGGAGGAAGAGGACCCACUUGAAAGAUACGAGCUUACAGAAUUAAGGCGAUCAAAACGUAGGAAUGUACAGCCUGAGCGAUACUUGGGUGAGAUCGGCCUCGAGGCAACUGAUACUACGGCACUCAGAAUAGGGUACAAGUUUUGGAAUCCGGAUGAUUUAGCCAUUGUGCUUGUAAAUGAAGACGAUGCAAAUGUUUCUGUUCUAGAAGAUCCUCAACAGAAUGUUCCACAGACUAUUGAGGAAUAUUCUGAGGAAAGUACUCGUCUUAUUUCAAAGAUUGGAGUCGAGGCAAAAGAAGAGAAUCUCAUUAUGAAUUUUCGAAGUGAGGAAAUGAGUAAGGAUGGAGAUGCCCAACAGAGGAAGAGGAAAUAUGUCAAAAGAGAGAAAGAGAGUAAGGGAAAAAAUGUUGAAAAAGAGAAACAAGAUAAGUAUGACCACCUUGCUAUUGUUCCUUUGCUAGAUGAAAGCAAUCAGAUGCCUCGGGAACAAAGUCAUCUCCUUAACGAGAUCCGUCAAAAUCCUCUCGAUAUAGAUGAUGAUAAUGUCCCCUUGAAGUUCUACAAGAGAAGAUUUAGAGAGCGCAGGACGACAACAACAACAUCAACAACAGCACGCAUGAAAAAAAUCUCAGAGUUGGAUGAUUAUUAUGAUAACGGACCAGUAUAUGGUAGAAAGAACUCGACAUAUAAACAAUGUCAAAAGAAUAAGCAUCGCCCUAUAUCUUCUUCUUCUAGGAGUGAUAAGUACUCUGAUGAUCCAUCAAGAAAGAAGAAAACAUUAGAUAUAUCUGUUUACAAGGACCUUAUAUCAACUUACAUGAAGAACAUACAGUUGACAAUAGAGAAUAAAUUGCCAAUCUCUACUGAUGCAUGGAAGAACCUUCAAGGAGCAUCGGCUAUGUAUGAAAAGAAGGCUGCUGCUGAUGCAGCUCCAGCUCCCGAGGAGGAGGAAGAAGAGUCGGAGACUGAAAUGUUGUUUAGAGAAUUGGAACUUUGUUUAGCUUCAGCAUAUUAUGAGGAGGAUACAAAGGCUGCAGAUUCUGAUGAACCAGUGGAGAAGUUCUUCAAAAAUGAUGGAUCUUGUCAGCACGUGUACACCAUAGAUGAUGAGAUCGGUAUUCUAUGUCGAUUAUGUGGAUAUGUAAUCACUGAAAUUAGAGAUGUCUCCCCCCCAUUUAUGCGGCAAUCAGGAUAUACAGCAAAACAUGACAGAAGUGAUAAGAUAGAAAAGGAUGAUACAGAGCAUAAGCUGCUGGAUGAGGCAUGCGCUGAUCUUGUCUAUAACCCCGCUUCCUAUGACACUCUUGUGUCUGAAUCAAAUGACAAUGUCUGGGGUCUAAUUCCAAAUAUAAAGAAAAAGUUACAUGAUCAUCAAAAGAAAGCAUUCGAGUUUCUCUGGAGAAAUCUUGCAGGGUCUUUGAUACCUUCAGAAAUGGAACCAUCAAGCAAGAAAGUGGGUGGUUGUGUAAUUUCUCAUACUCCUGGUGCUGGGAAAACUUUUCUUAUCAUUGCAUUCCUCGUAAGUUACUUGAAGCUAUUCCCGGGAAAGAGGCCUUUAGUCCUUGCACCGAAAACAACACUUUAUACAUGGUAUAAGGAAAUCAUAAAGUGGGAAUUUCCGGUUCCAGUGUAUCAAAUACAUGGGCGAAGAACCUAUAGGGAUAGAAUCUACAUGCAGAAAGUUGGAACUUGCUCGUCAACUGUUGUUCCAAAUGGAGAUAUCAUGCAUGUUCUUGAUUGCUUGGAGAAAAUUCAGAAAUGGCAUGCUCACCCUAGUGUUCUUCUUAUGGGUUACACCUCCUUUUUAUCACUGAUGCGAGAAGACUCAAAGUAUGCGCAUCGUAGGUACAUGGGUCAAAUUCUGAGGGAAAGCCCAGGGAUUUUGAUACUUGAUGAAGGGCACAACCCAAGAAGUACAAAGUCAAGAUUAAGGAAAGCAUUGAUGAGAGUUGACACGGAAUUCAGAAUUUUGCUCUCAGGAACUUUGUUUCAGAACAACUUUGGUGAGUAUUUCAACACACUUUGCUUGGCAAGGCCAAGAUUUGUGAAUGAGGUACUUCGGGUGCUGGACCCGAAGUACAAGAAGAAAAUAAAGGGGCAGAAUAAAACGCGAACUUCCAUAGAAAACCGAGCAAGGAAGGUGUUCAUGGAUAUCAUUGCAAAGAAGAUAAACUCAAACGAGACAGAAGAGAGAGACGAUGGGCUAAACAUGUUGAAGAACAUGACGAAUAAAUUUAUCGAUGUAUAUGAAGGUGGGAGCUCAGAGAACCUGCCCGGCCUUCAAAGUUAUACUUUAAUGAUGAAGCCAACUCCUUUGCAGCACGAAAUUCUUGUGAGACUUCACAAACACAUGAAUGUGGCUCGAGGUUUUCCUUUAGAGCUCGAGCUCAUGAUUACCCUUGGAUCCAUCCAUCCAUGGUUGAUAAAAUCUGCAGUUUGUGCAAACAAGUUCCUUAGCUUGGAGGAGCUCCAGAGCCUUGACGAGUUUAGGCUGGACCCCACAAAAGGUUCAAAGGUGAAAUUCGUCCUAGGACUUGUUCAACGGUCUAUAAUAAGAAGAGAGAAGGUUUUGAUCUUUUGCCACAACAUAGCGCCAAUAAACCUCUUCCUCGAGCUUUUCGAGAGGAUAUAUGGGUGGAGGAAAGGUCAUGAAGUUCUCGUCCUUCAAGGGGAUCUCGAGCUCUUUGAAAGAGGUCGGGUAAUGGAUAAAUUUGAGGAACGUGGUGGGCCGUCAAAGGUUUUACUUGCUUCUAUCAAUGCUUGUGCUGAAGGUAUUACUUUGACAGCUGCCUCGAGGGUGGUCUUGUUAGACUCUGAAUGGAACCCCUCAAAGCAAAAACAGGCCAUUGCUCGGGCUUUCAGGCCCGGUCAAGAAAAGAUAGUGUAUGUUUAUCAACUCUUGGUUAACGGCACAUUGGAGGAAGAUAAGCAUGGUAGAACAACAUGGAAAGAAUGGGUUUCUUGUAUGAUAUUCAGUGAAGAACAUGUGGAUGAUCCUUCAAAAUGGCAAGCCGAGAAGAUCGAAGAUGCUUUGUUGAGAGAGAUUGUUGAGGAAGAUCAUGCUAAGUCUUUCCAUAUGAUCAUGAAGAAUGAAAAGGCUUCUUAUGAGAACCCUUUGAAGGUGAUCCAUGAAUAAUAAAAACCACCAAUAUCCUCCAGAAAUUGUAAAAUAGUUGUUGAAGAAAAUCUGAAGGGUGAUCAGCAGGAAUGUAAAAGAUGAUUUUUAUGUUAUGACUAACUAGUUUAGUUUCUGCAGUCUGUGGAUGGUGAUAAUGUUGUCUGAUAAUAUAGUAUGCAGUUCAUACUUCAUAGUAUGAUGAAACUGAUGCUUAACAUGUAGUACUGAUGUACUCUCUCCAUUCUUAAAUAAGAGGCUUUCUAAGCUCGUUGUGUAUGAAUUAAGGAGACUGGAGAAGUAAGCUAAGUAUUUAGGUUGUGUUCUUUUCACCUGAUAAACUAUGUGAAUUUAUUGGCUCUUGGUAGCUCUUAUGCGAA